GCGUUAAAUAUAUUGCAGGUUGCGGUAAUGUAUUUCCUGGAGUACCAACCAUUGGAGAAAACUGCCAGUAUAGAUGUCAUUGUUAUAACGAUGACAAAUGCAGCGAAUCAAAAGGUUGUAUAAACGGAAGAUGUGAACAUGGUUGGAUGGGGCCACAUUGUCAAUACCGUAAUAUUGCCAAAAAUUUCAAGGAGACUGCGCAAGAAGGAGAAAAUUUUAUUCAUCAUUCGGACCUUGCAGUUGACGGCAAUUUACAAACCUGCAGUGAAACAAAUAUUGCCCAAUCCAAUGGUAAACAAGCUUGGAGAGUUCAGUUAGACAGGACAUAUCGUCUUGUCGGAGUGAAAAUUCAUAUACUGGACAACGAUAUUGAAAAUUUCGCAAGCUUUCGGAUAGAGACAGGGCCCACGAGUUUGAGCUUUCCAAACUUAUGUUACGAACAGCAAAAUAAACCAGAAUCCUCUGUGAUCGAAAUAAUGUGUUUGGAGCCAGACGAAACACAGAACAUCAGAAUUACCCAAUUGUCAGAAAAUAUUCCGCUGCGAAUCUGCGAAUUUGAGAUAUAUGGAGGAAGAGAAAUUGCAUUCAACAAGCCGACAAACCAGUCGACAAAUUAUGAAUCUUGGUUGUCUCAUCGAGCCGUCGAUGGUCGUUAUCCUAAUGAGGGUGAAGAACUGAUUAUUGAAGCGAAUACAUGCUCGAGAACAGACGGAUUAGAAAACAAUCCUUGGCUGAAAAUAGACCUUCAACAAGACUUUAAGAUACAAGAUAUGAGCUUCUAUGGUCGACAAUCAACAUCAGAACAAUCCAAGGGUUUCUACAUAUCAGUUGGUGAGUUUGCACAUAGUGCAAAUACUAUUUUCCAAGAUAACGUUGACGGGACGACCAAUCCUGCCGACUAUAGUCCCCGUAGCACAGAACUAACUACUGAAUAUGAAGCAAACGUGGUAAAAAUUGGUAUGCAACCAUUCAGCGGGACAGCUACAUUGUCAGUAUGUGAAAUGCAUAUAUUUGCAGAGUGUGUUGCGAAUAAAUGCGGCUGGAGCUGUGAAAAGAAUUGUUACUGCAAUGGAGAAAUAACGGGGAAAAUGAAAAUAGACGGUAUUUGCCCAAAUGGGUGUUCUGGAAGAUGGACAGGAAAAAAUGAUACAUGUGAUAUUGAAUGUAGUGAAACAGAAUGGGGUGAAAUGUGCAAACGGAAGUGCGGAAACUGCUUGAAAUUUCCUUGUGAUCUGAAAACUGGACAGUGUAGUGGUGGUUGCAGUGGACCCUGGCUUCCUCCGCUCUGCACACAGGUUUGUGAAAGCGGCACGUAUGGCACAAACUGUCUUAAACGAUGUGGACAUUGUGUUAACGGAACUACCUGUGACAUUAGGACUGGCUUUUGUCUUCAAGGUUGUGAUCCAGGAUGGCAGGGUGAUCAUUGUGACACAGAAUGCCCGUCACAACGUUUCGGAUCAGACUGUAAACAACGCUGUUACUGUUAUGACGGUGUCGAUUGUAGUAAGGAUUCAGGAAAAUGCCCAGGUGACUGUGCCCCAGGAUAUAGUGGCAUUCAUUGUAAUAAUGUAUGCCCUUCUGGUCGCUAUGGACUUACGUGUGCGCACGCGUGUGGUAAAUGUCGCAAUGACCAGACAUGUGACCGCAUAAAUGGGAGAUGCAAGGAUGGAUGCAAACCAGGAUAUGAAGGGGCACUCUGCAAACACGAGUACAAUUUGAUUGAAAGUAUAAAGGAACACGUAGUUACAAGGAUUUCAUCAGUUGCAGCUGGUUGGGACGAGGAAAGAGCAAUUGACGGUGAUAUUGGCCCGGAUCCUAAUACGUGCCAGUGCUGCAGUUCUACAGAAAAUGCAGCUGUAUCUUGGUGGCAUAUAGACUUAGGAAAACAGUAUCCACUGAAAUCAGUUGAGGUUUUCCCAAGAAGCAAUGAGAACAUAUUUCAGCAAACGCAAGGCUUCAACCUGACCUUGAAAAAUUCAACACACGAACCUGGAAUCGUUGUAUAUACCAAUAGACAGAUAGCAGACACUGAACCCGUGAUUAUUGAUAUACCGAACGUUCCAACGAAAUUGAUUGAAAUACGCAGAGCCGGGAAACUCACUAUUUGUGAAAUAAUGGCACGGGAAGGAGACUGCUCCAUUGGCCGUUACGGUGAGGAAUGUGAACUGUUCUGCUACUGUGCCGACGGAAAACCUUGCGACAGAAGAACCGGAAUAUGUGCUACACCAGUUUGCGAUGUUGGUUGGUCCGGCAAAGCUUGCAACACAAAAUGUCCCGAAGGUUAUUACGGUCAAAACUGUGCUCUGAGAUGCGGCAGUUGUAAACUCAAUACAUGUCACCCUGAAACGGGAGUUUGUGAAGGCGGGUGCUCUGAAGGUUUUACAGGGUGUUUAUGUUCACAGGAAUGUCAAGCCGGAUACUUUGGAAUGGACUGUUCUAGUAAAUGCGGAAAAUGCAAACGUGGUGAAACAUGUGACAGAAUAACCGGAGUUUGCAACAAUGGUUGUGAAACUGACUACGCUGAACCCAGCUGUAACGAUCAAAGUACAAGCAGCUCCGCAGUAACGGUUUUCUCUGUGUCUUGCCUGUUUUGGUCGCUUGUACUUUUUCUAUGCCAGUGAGGACAUGUUGUUGAAUUUUAAAGGACGUUAAAACUUUUUGGAUAGCAGUAUUAACAAGGACCAUUUUAUCAAAUGGCUUUGAAAACACUUCAGUGAUUUGUACUACUUAAAAACUAGAAACAAGGCGUUAUCAUACAAAUACUGAAUAUUUACCCUGUUGUGUGUGAACAAAUUUUGUGUAUAUAAACUAUUUUCAUUUUGAUGUUAUAUUAGCUUAAAAUCUUUAUGUUGAAUGCUGCGUUUACUUUAUAUUAUAUGGCUGCUACAUGAUUUGAAUAUAAUGAAGAUUUUAGAGAUGGUACCUAAAAAUCAAAUUCAUCUUUUCAGCUUUUUAUGCCCCCGAAGGGAGGCAUAUUAGUUUUCAACUGUCCGUCCGUUCGCUCGUUAUUUCAUUCGUUCGUUCGUUCGUCACAACGUUAACUUUUUGCAUGAAGGCCAUUUACUCGCGAACCACUGCACCCAGGACCUUCAAACUUCACAUGCUGAUAGUACUUAUUGAGUACACGAUCCCUAUUGACUUUGGGGUCACCAGGUCAAAGGUCAAUGUCACCAGGUCAAAGGUCGAGGCGCUGCGGGGGCAUUUGUCACCAUUAGUGACAGCUCUUGUUUUCAGAGUGAAAUGGUAGCUAAGUGCACCAAUAUACUAAGUAUAUUUAUGGUUUUCCUCUUCUCCAUGUAAAAAUAGAAAUAUUUGAUAUUUAAAAUGAAAUGACUUUCUCAAAAUAUCUCAGGAUAACUCUUGUAUUGAAUGUUUUCCAAUGAUUUAAGGAUUUCCCUAAUUAUAGCCUAUAUCAAAAGUUUCCACAGCUAAAUGAAUUCAAUAGAGUAUACUAUAGUAGUAUAGAGUAACUUUAGUCUACUUUCAACAGUUUCAAAGAGCCUAUAGUGAACUUCCUUUUAAAAUUUAAUAAAAUCAAAUUCCAAGACAAUCAAAGAGUCUAAAUCUCCUGAAAAAAAUCUGAGUGAAAGAGAAUCACAUGCUCUUUAUUACAAGCUUACCAAAACAUUACCAAACAUUUACCUGAAAGAAGUUAUAAAAGAUUGUACAAUAUAAAGUUAACAAACUCCUACACCAUUUUACCAUCAGUAUUUUCCACUUAUGAAUGCACACAAAUCAGGUGAUAAUUGUUGAUAAAAUUGUAAAUGAGGGGCCUCAACAUUUUUUUUUUCAAGUUGUGUAAACAGUUCAAAUUGUAAAUCAAUGUUGAUUUCUGAAGUUACCCGCUUACUAUGUUUACGACAAUAAAUAAAACGUCUUUUAGUUUGUUUAAGGUAGUUCACCUGUAUCGGAAAUCAUCAAAUAAAGUAAUAUCCAUUAUGCUUUUUCAGCAUUUAUUCGUUUUUCAUGAAAAGCAAUGAUCGUGAUAGUUCCAUUCAGGGAAUGUUGAAUUGCUUAAAAUACAUUGCAUAGAGCCAUUUCCUAUUAGGUCUCUUAAAAUGUUGUAAUUACAACCACUAUCUUUAAACAUUGUAAUUUUAUUUGAUGACAAUGACUUUUUGUGUUACAUUAUUUGCAGCAAAGUACUCUUGAACAGUUAGGGAAAUGCUUUAAGAUGACUAAAGUAUAAGAAACACUUCCAAAAUGAAUCAUUGAAGUGAUGAGUAUAAGCAGUCUAGCUAUUUUGUUACACAAACGUGAUACCAAUUUAACUUUUUUAUUUCUCAUUGUUGGAUAUAUGCAUUUUAUAUUUCAAUAUAUAAAUUUUGUGUAAAACAAUGUAUCAUCAUUGAGAACAAUAAAUAACUUUGGCUAAAAGAUGAAAACUUGAUAACGUUUCACAAUGUCUGAAAAUUUCUUUGAAGGAAUUUAUGCAUUAUUUUACUUUAUCUUCAUGCACUACUAAACUUUCUAUCAGGGCCUCACUACAACUUAUAAAAGAACUGUCAAUGUAAGCUAUGAGAAAAGGAUGCGUGUUGUAUAUUGAAUACAAUGAGAUUUUAACAAAUUUAAGUCUUAUUUUGUCUGCCUGAUCAGUCGUUGGAAGAAAGGAUCUAUCUGAUCUUUCUUUCAUUUUUGGCCAAUGUUUUAUGUUGGUUUCAUUUUAAGAGCUGAAAUAAGACUUUUCUCGAAACACAUCACAAUUAGUCUUAAUAGUCAUAAAUCGAUUGUAUAUAUUAUAAAAUGAUGUUUUCAAUGCAAAAUAAUCAUUAAAUUUGAAAAAAAUUGAAUUUCGACCAUAUUUUGAGUAGAUGCGCCUAUUUCGGCAGCAAUUUUUGCAAUAGAAAGGCCAAUAUUUUGUCUCCAGAAUGUGUGAAAAUGCACAAUGCAUCCAUUUGAGUCAUAUUCAUGACGGAAUGAAUGAUAUUUCAGAAUCAAAGUGAAAAAUAAUGCAUACAUGUGAAACUUUUACCAAAAUUUACAAUGAAGCGACCAUAGAGCCUAAAUUUAGCCCAGAAAAUGUGUAGGGGGCGGCCUCACUUAAAUGUCUAUAUUUCUCUUAAAUCUCGAAUUUUCACAAUGAAACUUGUUAACAUGUUCGGUAUUACAUCUUUCUUGAAAAUAGAGAUGAAAAUGUUAUGAAAUUUGAUAAAAAGAUAUUUCUUAUAGGUUAUAAUGCAGUAAUUCGGUCCAAAAUGUGCUUCCGUGGUGUAGUCAAAGAAAUCCCUAAUAAAUAGAUCCUAAUUUUUCCAUUUUUCGCGCAAUUGCGCGUAAAUCGGGGGCCAAAUGGACAUUAUUUCACUCGUGGAAUGAAUUAUACAUAAAAUAGGACACGUUUCAUGCUAAUACUCGCAUGUUUUUGAGUUGUUUACUUGAAAACGAAAGUAGGGUGUUUAUUCUGCGGACCGCUUUCUGAAAUGCGGCAAUAUGAGGGUAUCUGACUUCAGUUGACUUGCAUUUCACUGCAUACUAUUCAGCACCCCUUUUUCUUUUCGUUUUCUUGAAGCAAAUGUAUGGAUAUCUUGUGGAAAAUAGGUCUACGACGGAGUGAAAAUCUAGAAACUGUAACAAAAUUGUUCUGAAGUAGCUGAAUUUUAUAUGAAACAAUAAACAAUUUCUUUUAUUGGUAUAUAGCCUUAAUUGGUCAAUUCAGAGUUGUUCCCCUUAGAUUUUCUUGGGUAGGUACCAUCUCUAAAGAUUAUGUUCAUAUUUUUCCUACUAAUUGGGAAUCGUAAAUUGAUAGUUUUCAUGUACUUCUGUCUUUGCAUUUUGACUUUUAAUAUAACAUAGUUUAAAACUUGGUAUUUAUCACAGAGUUACAAUACUUACCUUUACCAUAGACGUACGAAUCGAAAUUUUUUCUACAAUGUAGAAUUUGAUUAAACUCUGAUUUUUCAAAACUUCAGGAUAUACUUAGAAAAUCCAGCAAAUAAAAAGAUAGGGUCAUUUGGUUGUUAUUUGGCUAGUCUGGUUUGAAAAAAAUUUGCAAAUUUCAAUAAUGGGAGUGUAUGCGAAGAUCAUAUAACGUUCAUUUCAUUUUCGCGAGUAGAAAUUUCCUACAAUGCAUAUUUCAGUGAAACUUCUCACAUUUGUAAAUAAACAUGUUACCUGGUACAAUAAUGUAGUUACUUUGCCGGCCGAUCAAUACUAAUCGAGAACUCUAGUAUAACAGAAUAAAAUAGACAGCGUUUUUUUCUGUGGGAUGUAUCAUGGAUGUUCUCCGGACCGUUAAGUUUGGGAAUGAUCAUCAUCCGGAAAGUUUGCAUGCUGUGAUGCAUUUCACAGGCAUCAUACUGGCCAAUUCUGUCUGUUCAAAAUGUAAGAUAUCUUUGUUGUAUUCUGCUCUAUCCUGUAUCUUUGAUAGGUCAGUUAAUGUUUUACGAUAUUGUAGUUUGUUUCAUGUUUUGAUCUGCUUACCUUUAAUUUAGAAUGCUAGGUACCUUAUUACUGUAAUGUAAUUUUAAAUUCUUUUUUAUAUUAGUUCAAUUAUCAUUUUUAUUGAACAUCAUAUAAAUGUUUUAUGUAAAGCACUUUGGAACGUAUUUUUAUAUGAAAGAGUGCUAUAUAAUUGUGGUAUAUAGUAGUAAUAAUAAUGACAUAUAGCCUAUAAUGUGGUGAAAUAAAAUGUAUAUGUCCACGUGCUUAUGUUUGAAAUAUUUGUCCAUGAUUAAGUGAACAUCAUAUUUCACGCUACUUUUAAGACAUCAUUUGAAUUCUUUAACGUGUCAGAUGACUUAAUAUCAUAUUUAAACUUUAAAUAGAUUGUUACAGUGCCAUUUUGAUAAAUCUUCACACAGGUUGAUUUUAUUUCACAAAACGUUUUAUUUUCAUUUCCAUACAGGCUUUCUAGAUAAAUGACGUAACGUCAUCACUUCCGAUUUAACAAACGUGCAGAUCAGUCUCAAUAUUUCUGUUUGUAAAUAAUGUUUAUUUUAUAUGCAACAUGAAACAUUAAUGCAACAAUUUAUAACCCACGACGAAUAAGCUGUUUUGUGAUUAAGGGGAGUGUAUUUUGAAAGAUAUCUAAUUUCCAGUUGUAUACAAGUUAUGUGCAAAAGGUUGGUACAACGGCUUGUUGAUUACUAUAUUUGUUAUGAAAUUAAAAGAAAAUCUCUGCUCUAUAUUUAUCUUUAAGUUUCAUGAAGAUCCAUUAAUAGAUUGUUGUUUUGUUUGAAUUGAUAAUUUUAAAAAGCUAAAGGGCAAUUACUGAACACAUUCUGAUGAAAGACUCUAUAAUGAUCUAUAUUUGUAUUAAAUGUCAUUAAAUUGAAUAAAAACAUUACUUUAAA